AUGCUGUCUCUCUUCCGAGAUCCCAAUGUGGACCGGCAGAAGCUGUUUGGCUUGAUGUGCGUCUCCACGGAUGAAUGUUUACUGGACCGCUGCGCCGAGCGCAUCCUCCGGACGUCCUGGGACAGUGCCAAACAUGUGGCUGCUGCGCCUCUUGACAUGGCACGCUCGGCGCCCUGGGACUACUUGAAGCCACAGUCCAGUUCCAGCCAUUCUGCUUUGUUGGAGAAGUUGCUCAGUGAAUCCCCUUCCGAAGACAGUGUGGUCAACAGUGAUUUCCUCUGCGGGGGCCCUGAAAGAAUGGAGUUCGUGGAACGCCAUUUGCCGGGUGUUGUCAAUGGGCACCCGUGGGACGGGCAUCCCACGAAUGCAAUCUCUUGGGACGUAUUUUGGCCAGAAGGUGUGGACGAGCCUAUUCCGUUCGUGGAGUUGGCAAGGUCCCACACUGGCGACGAUCCCAGGCAGAAUGCUGAGGUGGCAGAGGACUCGACCGCUGAGGACUACUCCAUGCGCGAGUACCAGCCUGUUACGACAAAAGCAGGUGGAAGGCUUUGGAGCAUCAGCCUUGCUGCUCCAAGCACGUCCGGGGUGGACGUGACGGGCUUAAGAGCUGCCUACCCCUUCCAGCUCCUCGUGCGCAUUGAUGCUGGGCGAGAAGCCCUGAUCUACGAUGCCUUCGAGUACCUCCCGACUCCAGUUGCCGCUUUCGAAAUGGACUCGGCUCGGGGCGAUCCAGUGACUCCAUCCGAACUAGGCCAGAUCGAGCAGCUCUUGAAGAGACACUACAGGAAAGUUUCUCUUCUUGUGGGAUCCCAGAACGACGAUGGCAUUCGAACAGAAGGCCCCCAUGCCGAGCGUUGUCGACAGCAUGGCUCUAGGCUGCACCCCUUGGCGGAAUGGAAUCGAUUCAAGAAUUCCCGGGUCCGAAGGGUUCGAUUUCCUGUGUCGGCAAUUUGUGGCGCCCGACUCCUGAUCCAGAAUUCGCCCAGGCCACAUGAAAGCUUGCCGGCUGCAAGGGGCGCCUUUGUCGUUUCCAGCCUUGGCCAGCGGAGUGCAGACUCUCACGAGGGAUGGAGGGCCUUGCCCGGUACAAUGGCUGCCAUGGGGCCUGAGCUUGAACCCCUAGGUGUUCUCGUGCUGGAGUUGUCGCAGAUCGGCAUGCAUUCUGAGGCAGUCUUUGCAGAAAUGCCAGUGUGGGCCUUGCACAAAGACAGCCGCUUGCGGAGACCUUGCUCGGACUGGACACCCGACAAUGGCUUUUCCCGCUCACGGCGCCACUACAUCGUCGGUGAUGCCUCAGAAAUGAUAGAGCUGAGCAAGGCCUUGGCAACGACAUUCCCACAUUUCGCGCAACUGCUGCGAAUGUCACCUUCCGAUGACGGAUCGCCUGUUCCUGAGCCCGCACGCAAGAUGCCUGCCCACGUGCGUGAAUGUCUUCACCGCAUGAAGAACACCCUUGCCGCAGACUUGCCACAGUUGUGGCCUUCAAGGACACCCUCCGUACUGUCCCUGGCAAGCCUCGCUGCCCGGAAGCUGGCCAAAGAAGCUGGGAACAGACGCGUUGCCAGUGGAGGGGGUGGAGGCCGGAAGCGGCCCUUUGGUUCGCAGGCACAGGUGCACGACUUCUUGCGGAGGGCUGGAAUCAAGAAGCCCGCGACAGUCAAUCCCUGCUUGAAAGCUGGAAUGCUCAACGGACACAUACCCAUCCCUGCACACCUACUGACGGCAGAGAACACCAAGCCGUUCUUGAAGCAGGUGCUUCUCAAAGCCGGCUGUUCGUGCUGUGGCAAGACGCUCAAGUGCACCGUCCGUCAAGCACUGAGGCAACCUGUCAUCGGGAUUGAUUACGGAGAUGGCGGUGAGGAUGGUGCUGUGCAAUGCAAAGACUGUGGAGGGAAUUAUGUUACAGGACUCUGCAACGGGGAUCCCAGCUUCGACUGCGGAAAGGGCCACAACCAUUGUGUGGAGUGUCCCGACUUCGGAGUUUGCAUAGGCGAUUACCGAGAAGCGCAUUGCCAUCGGUGUGGUGACCAUUUCUUUGCCGGGAACUAUGGCUUCCCUUGCCCCUGCCGUGGCAAGGAUUCCGACGAUUUCGGGGGCGGCUUGUCGGCUUUUUCUGAGUCUAGUGACUCCGAUAAGUAUGAUGAGGAAAUGGGGGAUCAGGCAAAUGCCGGACCUGCCCCAUCUCCCCCUGAGGGAUGCUGGAACGGACAUCUGCGCGGAGUCGAUGUGGCGACGAUGCAUGCGCAGCUUCAGCUGCAGGUGCAAAAGUUCCAGCCAGCACUCGAUAGUCUCGAUGGUGCCAGUUUGUCGUCAAAGUCAUUGGCUGACCUUGCUGCGCUCUUUGACCGGCUGCGCCCACAACAGCAGCAUGAAGUGCGCAGCCAACAUUCAGAGGGAGAAGAGGAGGACGAGGACAGCGGAGACGAUGAAGUGCCAGACCCACACUCCGACUGCGGAUGUGAGUCAAAUGAAAGUUUGCCAUUUCACUGCGGGAACGAAGGUUCCGGGACGUGGGCUUGGACCGAGGUGCGACGCUGGUCUCAUGUGGCCGAUGCUCUCCCGGGGCCCGGGCUGGAAGCUCUCCUUCGCCGAGAAAAGGAGGCACAGGCGCUGCAGCGCAAGGAGGCAGCACGCACCCAGCGGCUGGAUGAGGCGGGGCCGCAGGUAGCGAUGGAGAUUGAGGCGCACCCGGCCUUGCUGAUCGCUUUUCGAUCGGUUUUCCGUGCUUUUGGUCAUGAGGUCAUGUACUCUCAGCAUAACAUGCUGCUCAAUUUCAGUGAUGUUCCUACGGAGCGGGCUAAGUGGGAUCCGAACACGAGCUGGCCGCAUGGAGUGACCCUGUAUGAGCGUCUCCAGAAUGACAGCUUCCAAUCGCAGAGAUUACUUGGAGCAACACUCUCUGGCAACAUCGAUCUUGCCGUGGUUGAUUGGGAUGGUGAUAGACAGUUGGAUUUGCUGCUGUGCUCUGAGAUGGAUGGCUCAGCCCGCAUCAGCUUGUUGAGGCAUUCCGAGCUGCCGCUAAUGGACGCCGGGGUGGACGAUCUGACCCUGCUGGUGGGUGUCAACGGGUCCAGAUGCGGAGGAUUGCAGGCCGUCGACUUCGACGAAGACGGGGAUGUGGAUCUUAUUGUUCAGCAAAGGUAUUUCGAGCGAACUUCACAAACAGUCUUAGUAGAGCGGACCGGCAAUCAAAAUCCCGUCAACAUGUUCGGUGGAAAUAUCAAAGCCAUAGCUGACAUAGAUGGUGAUGGUCGCUUGGAGGUUGUGAUGAAAGGUUGGAGCCGUUUGAGCCUUAGCGGUCCCAGCGCUACUCAGCGCCUCCGCUACUUUCGACGCGCCGGGGAUAACAGCUUUGUGGAGCCUGCAGAAAACCCUGUCGCCGGUUUUUCUUUGGGUAGUUGGGAGGGUGCCGAUGAAAAACUUUUUGUGGCCGACUGGAAUUCGGACGGAUUGCCAGAUCUGAUGGUACUGACGUUCCAUAACCUGGAUGGUGGGGAAAGAUUUCGCUGUUACCCGACUUACUACCAACACAUCUUGGAAGCUGAUCUGAUUCACAAUUCCGUGAUGAACACCUUCGAGGAUGUUGAUCUCGGCCGCAACCCUCGUCAAAAGAAGCUUAGCCUCGUCGACUGGAACAAAGAUGGCUCUUUGGACCUCUUAGUGGGUUGGGACCGGCAGCAAAGCUUGCCGGAGCUGUAUGAGAGCCGCCGUGGCAGGGCCCAUGCAGUUACUUCAGCUUUCGAGAACGUCACAGCCACCUCUUUGGAACCCCACCUGGGCCCCGAUCCCUCUAAUGGUUACAGGCUAGCAGCUGCAGACUUUGACGGGGAUGGGGAGGUAGACCUUCUCAUAGCCAGUGAGGCUGAUGGAAGGCUGCACUACCACCGCCAGAUCUCAGGCCGUCUGCAAGCAGAAGAGGUAUGGCAUCCCUUCAGCAAUAUCGCAGUCAAGUCAUACCGGAUCGAUGAUGAUCGGUAUGAAGGAGAAGAUUUCUGUCAUUUGGUGCAGCCUGUCUUCCUCGACUGGGAUGGUGACGGUGACGUGGAUCUUCUGCUUGGCCCUCCUGAUGGACGCUUUUUCGAACAGCUAGCCGAUGGGACGGUAAAGGAGUGGCCACUGGAGCGCAGCCCACUGCGGAACGUGUUGGUGGAGUUGGAAGAGCUUGAUACAGCUAGCUAUCAUAUACGUAGGCAGAUGAUGAAGGCUUCUUGGAGUUUCGUGGAUUGUGAUGCUGAUGGCGACUUGGACAUGCUUCGCCUCUCUCUCUCUUAUUCUUAUGGAAAGGGCGGACCAAGUUGGAACCCUCGGCUGCAGGCCUGUGAGCACGACAGUACAGGGAAAUUGCGAUGCGAUGAUGACUUUCCGUGCUUGGGGACGAAUCUCAGCAAUUUUCUGACGGGCGCUGGUGCGUUCGGCGAGGUGGUGUCUUUCGACGUGGGAGAUGUGACCGAUGGCAACCUCAAGUUGAUCGCAUCCUACGCAUGGAGCAACGGCGCUGUGCUUUGGAGUGCUGGCUUUUGUGUUCCCGAAGUGCCCUGCCAUGCAAAAGGCUUGUGCACAUUCGGACAGAAGGACUGCAGCUGUGUUUCCGGCCACAACUUAAGUGACUGUUCCGGCUGCCAGCAGGGUUUCUACAGCAUGCAAGGGCAACUGGGCCAGCUGCACAGUUGCAUUGCCUGUCCUGGUGCGGAUGGCAAGACAUGUCAGGGUCGAGGUUUUUGCUUCGAUGAUGCUUUUGCGAAGCAGGUUCCGCAAGAGUCCACGGCAGCCUUGACGGCGACGGGCAAUGGAACUUGUCACUGCCAUGAGGUGCACUUUUUCGGCAAUGACGAAGCGGGUCGCAGCAGUUGCAUCGACGGCAUCUGUCCAGCUGGCACCGAGGAGAAGGAUGGUAGGUGUGAUCCAUGUGGUGCUGGUGCAGCCUCAGUGGCAGGAGACAUGUGUAAGAAAUGCCUUCCUGGAAAGUACUCGCUCUCUGGAAGUGCGAGCUGUUCAAAGUGCCCUGCAGGGACCAUCUCAGAAGCAUCUGGGGCUUCAGCAUGUGAGGCAUGCCCGGCGGGAAGGUAUGAGCUUCAACAGCAGUUCUGCCAGGAGUGUUCCCCUGGCUUCAUCUCCGUUCCCAACAGUAGCUAUUGCACGAAGUGCCCAGCUGGUUUUAUGGCACCAGAGUCGGGCAGCAGCACCUGCAUCCCGUGUGCUGGCGGCUCCUUCUCCGAAGCAGGUAGUGCCCAAUGCCAGGAGUGCUCCCCUGGCUUCAUCUCCGCUCCCAACAGCAGCUAUUGUUCCCAGUGCCCAGCUGGCUCGAUGGCACCAAAGCCGGGCUGCAGCAGCUGCGUCCCAUGCGGUGGCGGCUUCUUCUCCGACUGGGGAAGUUCAAAAUGUGUGGCCUGUCCGCCUGGCAAAGAAGCAGCGCAUGCCAAAGCUGCCCCGCAAAUGAAGUAUCACUUCCCGAAAGUUCCGGGUGCACACGCUGUGAGGGACCUAUCGGCGCAAGGCCAGAAGUUGGUGCUGACCACCUCGAUGAUGCAUUGGGUUCUCCCCUGGGCGCUGCCAGAGGUGAGGUUCAGUGGCACCGACGUGCCUGCUUUGGACGAGCGUCGCUUUCGUCUGAAGACUCUGAACUCCUUCCAACUGAUGCUCGUCGAUGACAGCACGGAACUGUUGCCACUGGACACCUCGAUAGGACGCAUUCGCCUGAAGCCCCUCCGCGGUUUUCUGGUGACUGGCUUCUGGAGAUGUCCCCUCCUCCUUUGGUGCUUACUGCUCGUGGCAGCAGUUCUGGGACUCGCCAGCCAACUACGCUUUGCGUUGCUGUUGCUGGUCUGUGGCUCGGGCCUUGGUGCCGGCGCAGUGGGCUUUGCAUUGAGGCAGAGGCAAGACCGCACCUCUCUGGAAAAGCGCCGCCGUCAGUUCUUCAAGCAGUGGCCUCCACUGCUACAGCGCUGCAGCCGGGGCCCAGACCGUUCCAUCACCGCAGGGCAGCUUCAGGAUUUCUUGCAGUUCUUUGAGACCUUCGUCAAGGAGCGAUCCAUGUACUACCUUUGCUCCAAUAUCGUCAAGCCACUCACGAAGCCUUACCAGCUAUCCUUUGCGGAGUUGGUCGGUCCCAAAAACAUCCGGUGGUUCGUCAGUCACUUUUGGGGCAUGCCAGUGCGUCAUUUCAUGGACGCCGUUCGUAAGCAUGCCCUGUCAGAUCAAGAAGAGUGGCGGGAAUCUGCAUAUUGGAUUUGCACAUUCAGCAACAGUCAGUGGCAUGUCAAGGAAGAGCUGGGCAAUGGCCAGUGGGAGCAAUCUUCGUUUUAUCUUGCUCUUACAAGCCCUGACUGCAAAGGAACUGCCAUGGUUCUUGACGAAGGUGUCCAGCCACUGCAGCGUAUUUGGUGCCUUUUCGAAGUGUAUCACACGAUUUGUUUAUCACGAGAUGGUCGUUCUCAAGGCCUGCUGCUCUGCACCUCCACGGGUGUGUUGCAAGAGGGCAAGGCCGGUGCGGAUGUCGCUGUGGCCGUGGCAGAGAGGGCCAAAGAUUUGGACACGCGGUCGGCCAAGGCCACAUCAGAGGAAGAUCGGCAGAUGAUCCAUCGGCUCAUAGAACAGAUGCCAGGAGGUUUUGAAGCCAUGAACUCCUUUGUGCGGGAGACGAUCUACUAUGCUUUGGAAGCUUCCCAUCAGCACUAUGAAAGUGCCUUCAAGAAGUUGGUCACGGAGUUUGCUGCUACACGGGGUGCUUUGGUUUCCUCGACGUUGCCUUUGCCUACACUUCUCACCGGCCGUUCCACCCAUGGAGAGUUCCGGAGUGGAACAGGAAAUUCCAAAGGCUCAUAG